CCAGGAUGCACAGGUGAAGCCGGGGCAUCUUCACGCGUCCGCACAGCUCCAAUCCGAGGGGAAGCCCGCAGGUUGGGUUUCCUCGCCUCUUCCCGGGAUACGUGCGAUCCGCUCAUCACGGAAAUUACGCGCCCGCUGCACGUGCCCGCGCCGAAUUCCAGCAAAGCACCGCACCAGCAGUGCGUAAAAGCGUUUCGAGCUGUGGAGGGUUAAAAGGGGGGUUGUGGAUUUCCCCCGUUUCUCCUCGGAGGAGUCGUUCCGAGGACAGGACAGGACGAGGAGGAGGAGGAGGAGGAGGAGAGGAGCAGAGUUUCCAAUUUGAAGACUCCAUCGUCCUCAGCUGAGGAGAGUGGACGGCGAGCCACCCGCCUGCUCCUGUGUCCUGAAGGAAACCCUCUUAAGGUGGAUGGGGGGGCAUUAAACUUACAUGUCCCAGAGGACCCGCUGCUGCACCAGGCAGCACACCCACCGCCAUAAAUCAAGACCAGGCCCCUUUUGAUUUCUGCAUUUUCGCUUCCUGCCGCAGCAUCGGAGGAGCAGGCUGACCUGCAGGCGUGCACCAUCGGAUUCUAUUUCUGGAGCUUCGUUGCUUGUGCAGAUUAACUGCCCUCAAAUAUGGCCCCAAUCCGAUCACUGCGCCACUAGUUCCACUGCCGCUGGAGGCUGUGCAUAUUCAAGCCCCCCCCCCCCCACUGUGCAUCAGUCCAGUCAUCUGAAGUCCCCGAUUUUUUCAGACUCACGAAAAGAAAACAAACAAAAGAAGACGUUUUUCUCCUUAUGGUCGUUGUCAUUGCUCAUUUCCAUCUGGAGCCGUUGAAGGGGAAGGAUUGACAUCAGAAACGUUCCCAGUAUCACUGGGCCACUGGUGAGAUGAAGACAUUUUCCAUGAGUUCCUGAGGGCGGUCACACGGAAACCCCUGUGCCCAGUGUUUUCAUUAGCCUGUCGGGGGCUAAUCAGGGUCCUCGUUCAUCAGAAUUAACAUUUCCAUAUUGAAUGAGAGAGAAAGUAGCCGACAUUAGAAUAUUCAUGAGCACUAACACUCUCAAUCAUGUGAAAUAGAAGACAAGGGGCAAACCCAGAGCCGUCAAGCCAUGAAACAAAUAGUUUAUGAUAUGCGAGGAGAAGAGAUUCUUUAAUCCAGCAGCACAACUUCACAUCUGACGGCACACAGGAGCAAGCCACCGGCACAUUGAGGACACUGUCAUAAACCUGCCCUGUGCUGUAGGCCUCUGGACUAAGGCCUACGAUAAGACAAAAAUUAAAGAAUAGGAUUAAAGAUGGAUUACCAGUGAAACACUAAAACCAGCAAAGCAGCUGCCUUUGCGUAAGCCCAUCGAACGCUCUUCAGGGAGACGCGCCGCCGACCGAUUUGCAGAUUACUUUUGGUUGUUGAUGUGGUGGCCUCUUGUGUGGUUGGAUUUAAAAGAGAGGGAUGGAAAAUCUGGAUGAGCUGGAGCACCCUCUUCUGGGAGAAAACACCAACAGCAGCCGGGCAUCGGCGCCGGGUCAGGGGCCGGUGACUGUUCAGGCCCCUGGUGGCCUGUACAAGGGCAUCCUGGUAAAGUGCGAGGAGGACCGGGCCUACCCGCCCUUAGCAUGGAGGAGCUACUGCGGACAUCCUCCUGAGCUGCAGCAGCAGCAGCUCCUGGACCCUUGCUCCUUACCUCGCACAAUGGAGUCUUUUUACCCACCGGCCCCCAUCUGGGGCCACACAGACUCCCUGCUCAGCAAAGACUACCUGGAGACCACGUUCGUGGACAUCCGGCCGGGCUCCACACUGGAGAGGAAGCUGCUGGCCGAGGCGCAGGACUACCACAGCGACGCCUACAGCAUGGACGACGAGGACGACCUGCUUCCGGACUCCGACGACUCGUCCAUCGACGACUUCAGUGACACGGACAGCGAGAGCAACUUCCCUCUGAUGAUCCCUCAGGACUACCUGGGUCUGGCCUUUUUCUCCAUGCUCUGCUGCUUCUGGCCCCUGGGCAUCGCUGCCUUCUACCUUUCACAGAAGACCAACAAGGCAUCGGCUCAGGGGGAUUUCCAGGGGGCCAACGCCGCGUCACGCCAGGCUCUUUGGCUCUCGGUGCUCUCCAUCGUGUUCGGCAUCAUAACCUACAUCUGUGCCAUCGCAGCGCUGAUUACCUACCUGUCCGGAAAGCCGCCGUAAAAGCAGCUCCCGCACCAGGACACGCCUCCCACACGGUCAAUGAAUAUCACCACACGUCACCUGUAAAAUAAUCUGUGUCUGUCAACCCCCGUCUGCAGUCGUGUUUUAUCCACCGAGUGUAGAUCAUCAUCACGUCUACUGGGAUGAGGACAUAAGCUCAGAGGACGUUCCUUGCAUGUGAAGAAUAAUCACUGACCUUUACUCAGUGUCACCCCAUGUAGAAGAAUUCAGUCUGUACCUGUUGUUUAUUUCGUCACCCGAUGUCUUAAGUGACCAAACCUUUAAAUGUGUGCUGUAGUCGUCGUCCAACGUUUGAGCAGAUGUCACCACAACACUACUUGAUAUCAGAGUCACAAAACAAUGGAUUCCUAAUGAGGGGCCGAGGGAGAAACCAGGGGGACGACUGGCCCGGGAGGAGCUGAGGACAGUGUGCAGCGAUGGAGUCCACCGAUUUUUAUGAGAAGGUCGCAGCAAGGACGAGGACGCGGCUAAAUCCUGGUGGACCUGAGCCAGCACUGUCGCUCGCAGGGGUAGAAGCUGGUGCUGGGUUGUUUUCUAGUGCCCCGUGGCUUUAUUUUUAAAACAUACGAUGGGGGCCGGGGGGCAAUAUUCUUUGAGAGAACCUUGAAUUUUCUUUCCACGCCUCUGGCCGGAGAGCGAGGGCCCCACAGGACCGCACUGCACACUGCACAUCCAUUAACCCUGAGUUCACAAGCAGCAUCGCUCACUGUCCUGCAGAGCGGACUGAUUCUGCCUCGUUUAUGCCGAGUUGAAUAAGUAUCUUUGUGUAGAAAUACACUAAAGCUCUAAAUGAAAAACACAUAGUGCCAUUAUACAAGAAGAUAAAUAUAAACGAGAAGUGUUAAAAUGAAGGUGUGAACACUGGUGUUAUAGAAGAUAAGAUAUAGAAAUGAAGGAAGUGCAUC